UCUCAUUUCUUCUUCUGCAGGUGGUUUCGUUUCGUUUCGUUUCGUUUCGUUUCGUUUGCAAUCCCUCCCCAGAACCCUAGGGUUUCCAAUUUCAACUUCCUAUUUGGUACCAAAAUUCAGUUUCGACUCUCAGAUAGUAAAUUGUGUAGAAAUUGAGCUUUAGAAAAUGGCUAAAAAUCGGAAGAACAACGAUAACGAUGAACCAAACACUGCUCCAGAGCCUGACCGAUGGUACAACCUAUCCCUAGGUUCCUCCUUUGUGGAUCACCGUCCCUCCCCCAAAUUCUGUACUUUACGUUAUGAAUUUAAACCAGCUUCAAUUGAUAAGAAUCAACCUGGUUCGUUCCACAAGAGCAAGGACAACAGGGUUACAGUUGAGUUUCACAACAACCAACAUGGAAAACCCAAGGUUACUUUUGAAGGUGUCAGUGAGGAUUACAAGGAACAUGAUGCUGUUUUGUUCUUUGAUGGUGAGAGUUUUCGGUUGGAGAGGUUGCACCGAGCAGUGAAGCGGUUGAGACAUCUAAGGCUGCCUGGUGAAUCUGCAGCUCCAGCAGCCUCAGUGACGAGUACAUCAAUUUCAGCAUUGGAAUCUUAUUCUCCACCAACUGGUGGGAAAGGAGCAAAGCUUCAGUCUUUGAACAAGGAUGUUCUUCCUCAUAUGCCGGUGGAGGUGAAAGGAAUUGAUAUCAACAACUCAGAGAGCUUAGCCCCAGGCCCAACAUCUGAAGCUGACAAGGAUUUUGAUUGUUCACUUUCCUUACCAAAUCCACCAGCUGCAUCUCCUGAUGCAGAACCUAGAAGUGAUGAGAUGGAUGAAGAAGUAGAUGUUGUCAUUGAUGAUGAUGAUGAUGAUGAUGAUGAUGAUGUUGUUGUGCAUGAUACAACUGGGAAAGGAAAGUCUCCUGUAAAUGAAUUUCACACUGGCAUUGACAUUAACAUACCUCAUCCAGGUGAUCUGGAUGAUGAGAUUGCUGAUGUAGAUGUAGAUGAUGUGGUGGAUAAUGGCCCAAAUGCUGCAGAAGCCCUUAGAGCUCAGGUGAAUGCUGAGGUGGGAGAGAAGCAGACUUCAAGCUCUAGUGAUAGUAGUGGGAGUGAGAGUAGUGGGAGUGAAAGCGGCAGUGGAAGUGGCAGUGGAAGUGAAAGCGAGAGCGCGAGUAGCAGCAGUGAUACUGAAAGCAGUGAAGGUGGUGACUCAGUAAAUUCUAUCUAGUGGAACGAAAAGAGGCAUUAUAUAAAGACCUUACGUAGCGAAGUAGUAAGUACAUAACAUAGCUAGCAUUAAUGUGAUUCUCCAUGGAAAAAUGCUCCUCGGAAGUAGUAGGUACAAAAUGAUGCAAACUUGUCUCACUCUUGCUGCUAGGCUGAAAUAUUGAUUGAAAGCUUGGUAAUUGUGUACAUCUAGACCACCAUCUGGUACAGCAGAGAUCCCAUGUGAGGGUCUCUUCUCCAAUUUGGCUGACAUGCUUGAGUAGAUCUAACAAUUUGAUAGGAGAUUGACCAAUUAAAAUGUAUUGUAAAUUAUGUAGAUUGCACUACUUUUUAUGAUGUAUCUAAUAUCAAGGGACAUGGUCUCGGAGGACAAAAACUGAUGGAUUGUAAUGUUUAUUAGCAUAUAUUUUAUUCACUUUUUUACUGC